CGGCAUAACAACAAUUCUGAUUAUUAGAAUAUAUAGAAAAAAAAAUUCGCUAUGAAUUAUCACUCUCCUUAUAAAUAUUUACAAAAUUAUAAAACAAAUUUUCUCCGUCAUCCGAUCGCAUAUCGGUGCUAAUCAAAUUAGAAACCGAAUAUAUAAAAGUCGAUAGAUCGAAAAUUUCUUCGCAGUUUAGCCACAAAAAAUUCGCAACCAUGUACCGAGUAUCCGUAAUUUUGGUUCUUCUCACUAUUUCGUUAAAUUCCAGUUACGGAGGACCGGUGCAUAAAUUGGACAAUGAAGAGGUGUUAGAAAAUGCCCAGUUGGAUUUGGGACCAGACACUGAAAUUACUGUGAUCAAAAACAUUACAGAUAACGACGGGACGAAUACGACGAAAGAUUUAUUUGUGAUAAAAACAGUCGUUUAUGAAAUUGGAAUCUUGACCGACGUUGGAAAUGAUACAGGCUUUGAUAAUGAAACACAUGAACAAAUAGAUAUAGCCUUCUUCGAUCCAGAAAGCAACGGUACGUUUGUAGACCUAUCCCGCAUCCCCAUCCCCGUCCAAACGAACGUCAGUGGCGUAUCAAUAACGGGGAUCCUACCAGCGAAUUUUGGAGAUCUAGCGCUGUUAAACGAUGGGACUCCUACAGUAAACGGUUCCCACUUUCCCCUAUUUCCGAAUAAACAAGUAAAAGUCAGUCACAAUAUCAGCACAUACGACAAGGGUCAGAGCAAUUUCAUUUUGGAGGGAUUGCCCGAGAUAUUGGGCCUCCAAGAUAUUUUGAAACAUAAUAAAAAUGGCAGUUCUCAAGAGAAGAGUAACGAAGGAAGUGCUAGUGAAGAGGACGACAACAGUAAAGGGCAUGACCACAGUAAAGAGGAUGACCACAGUAAAGAAAAUGACGACAGUAAGGAAGGUGACGACAGUAAAGAAGACAAGAGCAAAGAAAAAGAUAGCGAGGAACGUAGAAAAGAAUGGGAAAAGAAACUAGAAACAAUAGAUACAGAAGAAAUUGAAUAAGUUUAUAUUAAAAAUAUAUUUGUUACGUUUAUUUUCUUACUUUUAUUUAUUAUUAAAAUAAAUGAUAAUCAUUUGAAGUUAAUAGUUCAUUAUUUGAAAAUUACACCGAGGUGAAUGGGAUUUUAUAGAUGCUAGUUACACAUUCGCCUAUUUGUGUAAAUAUUUUAAUUAAUUGUGAAUAGCUAUUGAAAUGUUGUAGAAGUAAAUGAUUUGGGA